UGGGCUGUAGUUUUUUUCAGAAAGGAGGGAGGUGCAUCACGCUGCAGAUAUAUAGUUCCUCUGCUGCUCAUGCAGGAAGAGAGAGAAGAGCGAGAGGAACUGAGAUAAAGAAAGAGAGGAAAGAGCGGGGACUGCAGCGCGUGGCCUGACAGCAGCUUUCAGAAAGGUGUCGAGAAUGGCAGGCAGCGGCUUUGAGAAGGAGUUCCUGCAGAGUCACAACACUUACCGUAAUAAACAUGGUGCCCAACCCCUCACUAUAAGCCGUGAGCUGUGUCGCUCUGCCCAGGCGUGGGCGGAGCAUCUGCUGUCAAUCAAAACCCUUCAGCAUAGCAGCGGUGGUAAAUUUGGAGAGAACCUGUUUUACACCUGGAGUUCAGGGGGCAAAUCACUUACAGGGCGUGAGGCAGUGGACAGCUGGUACAAUGAAGUUAAAGACUAUAACUACAGCAGACCUGGAUUCUCCUCUGGAACAGGUCACUUCACUCAGGUGGUGUGGAAGGACACUAAAGAGUUGGGGUAUGGAGUGGCCACAGAUGGGAAAACAGUGUUUGUUGUGGGUCAGUAUCUUCCACCCGGCAACUUCACCAACCCUGGUGCUUUUGAGAAGAACGUCCUACCAGCGGGUACUCCUCUCGACCCAAAAUCAAACACGUCUGUUAAAGUAGAUACAGCUGGACAAGCACUUGGUGAUCUCGGCACUCUGACAAACAAGACUGAGAAAGGUCCAUCAGGUGGAAAGGGUGGCAGCUUUGAGGAGGAGUUCCUGCAGACCCACAACACUUAUCGUAAAAAGCAUGGAGCCCCGCCCCUCACUAUAAGCCAGGACUUGAGUCGCUCUGCCAAGAAAUGGGCGGAGCACCUGCUGUCAAACAAAACCCUUCAGCACAGUAAUAGGGAAUAUGGAGAGAACUUGUACUAUGCCUUUAGCUCAGGAGGAAAAUCACUUACAGGGCGUGAGGCAGUGGACAGCUGGUACAAUGAAAUUAAAGACUAUAACUUCAGCAGACCUGGAUUCUCCUCUGGAACAGGUCACUUCACUCAGGUGGUGUGGAAGGACACUAAGGAGGUGGGGUAUGGAGUGGCCACAGAUGGUAAAACAGUGUUUGUUGUGGGUCAGUAUCUUCCACCCGGCAACUUCACCAACCCUGGUGCUUUUGAGAAGAACGUCCUACCAGCGGGUACUCCUGUCAACCCAAAAUCAAACACGUCUGGUCCAGCAGAUGGAGCUGGAGGAACCAGCAAGAAGCCUACCAAGACUCCGUCACCAGGCAAGGAUACUUUCUCUAGCCAGCUGCUGAAGGCAAUCAAUGAAUACCGCGAGUGCCACAGUGCACGUCCUCUCUCGCACUGCCCCAGUCUGGCUGAAGAGGCUCAGGAGUGGGCGGCUCACCUGGUCAGCCUUAAUACUCUGAAAUGCAAGACAGGCCAUGGACAAUCCAUGUCUUACAAAUGGACGUCCACCAUGAUUCCACCUACCAGUCAAGAGAUUGCUGACUCAUGGUACAAGGAACGUUCCAAAUACAACUUUUCCACACCUUCCUUUCAGAGUGCAGCUGGAAACUUCACUCAGAUGGUGUGGAAGUCUACAGAACGUGCUGGAGUUGGACAGGCAACAGAUGGGAAAGGGAUGUUCAUCACUGUUAUCUUCUAUGAACCAGCUGGAAACAUCUCUAGUCCUGCCUACUUUCAGAAGAAUGUUGAACCUGCCAGAUCAUGAGCCCUCCAGCAGAAAACCCUGUGGUAGAUCUUUAACUUCAGGAGAUCUUUAAACCUCAGGAGUUUUGAGGGAUGCAAGGGUAUAUUGACUUAAAGGUGGUGGGAUUCUGGACUCCUUCCAGUUGUUGUCAGGUAUUUAUAUUCAUCCUAAUAUGCACACAGUUACUGUAGACAGGCUGAACAAGCUUUAAAUAUUGUAAACAUUAAUAAAGCAGUAAAAAAAAACGAAUUUCCAUGUAGGUCUGUCACGAUAACUAGGAUUUUGUAAUGAUAUUUUGUCCCAGAAAUAAUUGUGAUGUUACAAUUGCGAGUCAAGACCGCUAGAGCCAAGUCCGAGUCAAGACCAAGACUGGGAAAGACCGAGACCGAUUUCUGAAAUACAUUAAAGUAUCUUCUCUAUUUAUCAGAAUGAUGAUUAAUCUAUAUCUCUUUAUAAACUUGAUCAGCAUUCACCACAUGAACCCAACUGAAUCAAUUUCCAUUUAUUUUAAUUAUAAAAUGUGAAAACAAUCACGUUGUGCCCUCAAACAAAAACUUUUAAAAAAGAACAUUUUGAUUCACAACCAGCAGCAAACAAACCUCUAGGCUCGUUGCUAAGGUUAGCUAGCUAAUUGCUAGCUUUAGUUCUCUCCCUGGUAACAUUACUGUGUAAACUAGCUCGUUGCUAAGGUUAGCUAGCUCAUUGCUAGAUUUAGUUAUAUUCCUGGUAACAUUAGUGUGUUAACUGGCUCGUUGCUAAGGUUAGCUAGCUCAUUGCUAGCUUUAGUUCUCUCCCUGGUAACAUUAAUGUGUUAACUAGCUCGUUGCUAAGGUUAGCUAGCUCAUUGCUAGCUUUAGUUCUCUCCUUGGUAACAUUAGUGUGUUAACUAGCUUGUUGCUAAGGUUAGCUAGCUCAUUGCUAGAUUUAGUUAUAUUCCUGGUAACAUUAGUGUGUUAACUGGCUCGUUGCUAAGGUUAGCUAGCUCAUUGCUAGCUUUAGUUCUCUCCCUGGUAACAUUAAUGUGUUAACUAGCUCGUUGCUAAGGUUAGCUAGCUCAUUGCUAGAUUUACAUUAGUGUGUUAACUAGCUUGUUGUUAAGGUUAGCUAGCUAAUAGCCCACAUCUCCGCCCAUUAAAUAUGUUUUAUUUUUAUUUCCUUUUUACUUUUGGGUAAUUUACAGAGGUUUGUGGCUGUAUGGAGAAGUUUUUUUUUUUUUAAUUGAAACAUUAUCACAACAUAUAAUCAAUAACAGGUUAUUUAAUUUACCAAAUACUAAAAACCAAUGGGUCCAUUUUUGGACCCCAAGUAUCUACUUUCAUAUGAGUCAUUAGCCAUCAGGGUACAGUGUGUUAUAAAAAAAUUAAUAAAUAAAUACUCUAAGCUGAACAGAGGGAGCCUCAAAAUAGGAAUUGCAUUAGACAAAGGAAAUAAACGUUUCUAUAGUGUUAUAUUCCAAAUUUAAUGUUUCCAUUGCUAAGCUGCUCAGAAACUGCAGUUGAACUAGAUAUUCCAUGUGACUUGUAAACUAAUAUGAAUAUUUAACAACUUAAUAAUUUGGCAGAACUGUUUAUAAUUACGUUAAGAAUGAUUCAUCCUACAUUCUGUAAAGCUUGUCCAGUCUGUCCAGCAACAUUUAUAAAAGGAUGCAUGUGUGUGCAUUUGUUUCAUCUCUCCAUAGAAUUGUGUCUCAGAGCACUGCUGGGCUAUCCUGAGUCCUGUGUGUCAACUUUUCUUCUGAUUUUAUUAGAUUUUGAUAUUCUGAGAAGUUUUUUAGAUAGACAGCAAUGCAUCUUCUUUGUCAUAUCAAGCUUAGCUUUACAGGAGAAAAGGGAUUUUUGAUAUUUUAAUGUAUGAUUUAAUGUAUGUUAUGUGUGUUCUAUAUACAAUGUAAGGGGAUUAUUGCACUAUUGAUGCAUGGCAAUAAAAAGUGGAAUGCAAUGCAAUGUUUGCACUGAAGUGCAUGCCUAUUCAGGGAUGUAUAGCUGUAUGCGUGUAUGUAUUGUCUGCUAAGAUUCAGUCAAAUGAAUUAGACUCACUGGAUGUCACUUCACAGUGCAGAUUAAAAUUAUGUUACUGUAUUCUUUGUUUACCCAAUUACUCUUGAGCCCAUAAAAACAGAUAACAUGAAUAUUAAAAGGAUUAUAAUUUGCUUACCAUUUAUUUGAAUGUGAAUACUCUCAGAUUAAACCUGAAUAUUUUACACUGA